AUGGAUGAGGCAAGUCGCUUCCUGGUUGGCAAAGUCAUGCGGAUGGACGGAGGCAAAGGAGUCAAAGCCUCCGAAUACGCUGAACUCUUUGCAAACCACUGGUUUCCAUAUUUUGGCAUGCCGGAUGUGGUAAGAUCUGAUCCAGAGGGAGCUUUCCGAUCGGAGGAGAUGCUGAACUUCUUCAGUGAACGAGGCAUCCACCUGGACCAUAUCCCAGCCGAAGCACACUGGAACCUUUCUCAUGUGGAGCGCUGUAUUGAGUGGGUGAAGGAAUUCCUCACCAAGACAGCCGGAGAUGCGGAACAAGACGUCACACAGCUGAUCCAACACGCCAUCUACACCUGGAACCAUCGAGAAACCGUGCGAGGGUAUAGUCCCUUUCAACAUGCCAUUGGUAGGCAGCCAGACAUCGAAGGUCGAGUAUUUGAUCGACGAACUACUGACCUGCCAAUGGAGAUGAUGCAGUCUCCAGAUGGUGAGAUGGAAGUUGCCUCCCAGUUGCGACAACAGGCAUCUAAAGCAUUCAUUGAUUGGCAAGUGCAGGAGAAGCUCACCAGAGCCCGCAACUCGAAACAUCAUCCUCACAAAGACUUCUUUCCAGGAGAUUUGGUAUUCUACUGGCGAACACAGCUGGGGAACGCCGAAAGGCAAAACUCCUGGAAUCGAGCCAACUAUGUGGGUCCAGCGAGAGUCCUGGCAGUUGAGACACGACAAGAACACGGUCAACUGCGUGCAAGCAGUGUGGUAUGGCUGGUACGGGGCAAUCGACUCGUGAAAGUAGCUCAAGAACAACUGAGGCCCGCUUCCAUGCGGGAGACAUGCUUACACGAACUCACCAGACCACCACAACUACCGUGGACCUUCAACAGCCUAGCCGGAGAUCUUCACAAAGCCUCCUUUCAAGACCAUACUGGUCCUGGACCCUCAGAGAACAAACGAUCUCUGGUGGAGCCGGAGGAGUUGGAUGACACAGAACACCCUACAAACCGAAGACGAGUCACGGGCAAGCAACAACAGUCACGUCAACAAGACCGGAGCAGAAGUCCAAAGCCAAGUCGCAGUGAGGAUGCAGCUCUAUUCACAGGACCCUCGUGGCAAGAAUUGGUGCCCGAGUCAGCGCCAUGGCCUGCUGAUCAAGUUGCGAUAGUGCUCAAAGCAGUCACCUUGGAGCUUGUUGCUGACGAGUCAUGCCGGGCCCCCAAGCAAAGCCUCUCAACAUCAGAUCAUGGUCCGGCAAACUGA